AUGGCGGCGGCUGCGAAAGCGAUUCGCCCGAUAACGUUCGUGACGGGCAAUGCGAAGAAACUGGAGGAGGUGAAGGCGAUCUUUGGGUCGUCCGUCGCCCUGCGAAGCCGGAAGAUUGAUUUACCAGAGCUGCAGGGCGAGCCGGAAGACAUCUCCAAGGAGAAGGCCAGACUCGCUGCAGCUAAGGUAGACGGCCCAGUGCUUGUGGAGGACACGUGCCUUUGCUUCAAUGCACUCAACGGCCUGCCAGGACCAUACAUAAAGUGGUUUCUGGACAAGACCGGUCAUGAGGGCCUGAACAAUCUCCUGGCAGCGUAUGAAGACAAGUCCGCCUAUGCCCUCUGCAUCUUCUCCCUCUGCCUGGGCCCCCAGCAUGAACCCCUCAGCUUUGCUGGACGGACAGAGAGAGGUAAGGAUGGAGGUGUGGCAUAUGGUGUAGAGAGGUAA